AUGGCAGCAGUUCCAGUGGCAGAAUUAGCAGAAUGCGAAAAGCAGGAGCUUUUAUGUACUUACGCCGCGCUUAUACUACAUGAAGAGAAUAUGAGCAUAACAAGUGAAAAUAUUGUAAAGCUUAUAAAAAAAUCAAACAAUACAGUAUUGCCGUACUUACCAAUGCUUUUCGAAAAAGCCUUAAAGGGAAAGGAUAUUGAGGGCCUACUAAGCAAUUUAAGCGUUGGCGGAGGUGCCCCUGCUGCAGCUGCACAAGCCGCAGCGGAUAAGCCAAGUGACGAUAAGAAGGAAGCUAAGAAGGAAGAGAAAGUUGAAGAGGAGGAAGAAGAAGAUGACUUAGGAUUUUCAUUAUUCGGUUAG